CCUUUUAUUUUCCCUUUCUUCUUCUUUCUUCUUCUUUUGCUUUUGUUGAUUUGUUUGAAGAAGGAGGUGUGUUUAAUGUAUAUUAGAGAUUGACAGUGAAGCGAGUCUACUUUUUCUUUGUCUCCUUCUCUUCUCUGUCUCUUUUCUUCAUUAUUUUACAUCCCACAUUCCGCAAUUUUGUCUUUAAUUUCAAACGUAACCCCCCAAUUUUCCCCCAUUCGUUAUCACUUGUUUGCUUUAAAGCAAAAUACAUCUUCUUCUACCUUUAAUCUUUGUUGGUUUUUUGUUUAUACCCUUUUGAAAUCCUUCCAUUUCCCAUGGCGGAUGAACACCAAGUAGCAGGUUUUCAAGCUUUUCUCUCAGAUGGGGUUUCGUUUUCUUCAGUUUUCUCUCUGAUUUGUUCGUUUGGGAGUGGAUUUUGAAGCAUUUCUGAGAUGGGUUUUGUUGUUUGUCUCUGAUCAUCGCUGAUUUAAACCACCCCAUUUGCCUCACAUUCCUCUGUUUGUUCUCUUUCUACUUCUUGGUCGUUUUAGUUUGAAGCUCCCAACUCGGAAAAUGAGGGAUUUCCCGUCUUGUUUUGGAGAAAAUGGUGUUCAAGUUGCUGAUUUCUCUUCUUCAAACAAUGGUAAGACUGCUCAAAACCUUGUCACUUGUGUUUAUCAAUGUCGAUUACGAGGGCGUUCUUGUCUGAUUAGUGUUACUUGGAGUAAAAAUCUGAUGGGUCAAGGGUUAAGUGUUGGUAUUGAUGAUUCUUCAAAUCAAUGUCUCUGUAAGGUUGAUAUUAAGCCAUGGUUGUUCUCUAAAAGAAGAGGGUCUAAAAGUUUAGAAGCUUAUGCUUGUAAAAUUGACAUUUAUUGGGACCUUUCUUCUGCAAAAUUUGGAUCUGGACCUGAACCUUUGGAGGGUUAUUAUGUGGGAAUUGUUGUGGAUAAACAAAUGGUUCUUCUUCUUGGGGAUUUGAGAAGAGAAGCUUUUAAAAAGUCCAAUUCCUCUCCUGUGCCUUCUUCUGCUGUUUUCAUUUCCAAGAAGGAACAUAUUUUUGGGAAGAAGGUGUUCUGCUCCAAAGCUCAGUUUUGUGACAAUGGUCAGAUUCACGACAUAAUUAUCGAGUGUGAUACAAAUGGUGUGACCGAACCGUGCCUGAUUCUACGAGUCGAUUCAAAGACGGUGUUGCAGGUGAAGAGGCUGCAAUGGAAGUUCAGAGGGAAUCACACCAUCUUGGUUGAAGGGCUUGCAGUUGAAGUGUUUUGGGAUGUUCAUAGUUGGCUGUUUAGUACAUCACCAGGGAAUGCUGUUUUUAUGUUCAAAACAUGUUUGUCUGCUGAAAAGCUGUGGGGAAGUCAACCUGUUUGUGAUCCUAAUGUCUUGUCCUGGUCUUUCUCUCAGAGAUUUUCAGACAGUAAAUCACAAGGUCUUGGUUUCUCGUUGAUGUUAUAUGCCUGGAAGAAUGAAUAGAAGAGUGCUUUGCAGAUUAUUCUUUUCUAAUUUUUAACAAGAAAAAGAAACUCUUAGCGAGUGAGAGAUUUUUAUUAUCCCUUCCCGCUUCGAUUACAUUCGAUCUUUCCCUUUUUCCACCUUCUUGAGUAAACUGAGCCAUUUGAUUAUAUGAGAGAGGAUUUUGUUAUAGUUGGUUGUACAUUCUUUCAUCCAGUGUUUAUGCUUUGUUUGAACUUUAUAUCACUGUUAUCAAGUAUAUAUCUAAUAUAUGAUCACUUAUUUUAGCUUAUUGGUAUUGAA